UUUAGUUGAUGUAUAAUAUCCAUACAGAAAAACACAUCCGUGGAUAUAGCUCACUGAAUUUUUAUAAACUGAAGAUCUAUGUUACUAAUAUUUCUGCCAUAAUUUUGAAUAUUUACAUUUAGUGGAAUAAAUUGAAAUUAUAAAUAUGCUUAUAUCAGGUCAGGUAGUGCUGCCAAAUGAUUGAUACUGGGUUUUGCUUUCAAAGAGUUAUGAAAUCCCCAGGGUUUGUAUUUCUGGCUUUGGGAUGAGAGCUUGUGGGCCUGUGUUAAUAGUCACGUGAGCGAGGCAUUACAGUAAAGCCUAGAAAAGGCUUCAGGGCCAUGAAAGGAUGGGACUGGAUGGCUCUGCAGCCUGGGGUCUGCCCCUGUAUUCCACAUCCUUCCUCCCCAGUCCUGCCAUUUUGCUCUUUCCCCAGGAGUGCACAUCCAGAUGCCGGCCCAGCUACCACAGGGGGUCCCUCUGGGAGACUGAAAGUACAGGUUCUGGGGCCCAGGUUGAGGCCGACCAACCCUGAGCCUCAGGCCAGGGGAAUGGCAGCCCCCUUGGAGCCCCAGGACCAGACCCCUGGGGAGGGAGAAGGGCUUCUGAUUGUGAAAGUGGAAGAUUCUUCCUGGGAACAGGAAUCUGCCCAGCAUGAGGACAGCAGGGAUUCCGAAGCCUGCCGACAGCGCUUCCGGCAGUUCUGCUAUGGGGAUGUGCAUGGGCCUCAUGAGGCCUUCAGCCAGCUCUGGGAGCUCUGCUGCCGCUGGCUGCGGCCCGAGUUGCGCACCAAGGAGCAGAUCCUGGAGCUGCUAGUGCUGGAGCAGUUCCUGACGGUGCUGCCAGGGGAGAUCCAGGGCUGGGUGCGCGAGCAGCACCCGGGAAGUGGCGAGGAGGCUGUCGCCUUGGUGGAGGACCUACAGAAGCAGCCAUUGAAAGCCUGGCCGCAGGAUGUGCCCUCGGAGGAGGCGGAACCCGAGGCUGCAGGCCAGGGAUCUCAGGCCAAGGGGCCUCCCCCAAUGGUGGGGGCACGGAGGCGGCCAUCUCUUCCCCAAGAGCAGCACAGCCAUAGCGCCCAGCCUCCUGCUCUUCUUAAAGAGGGGCGUACCAGAGAGACGACGGACACCUGCUUUGUCUCUGGGGUCCAUGGACCUGUGGCAUUGGGAGACAUUCCAUUCUAUUUCUCCCGGGAAGAAUGGGGCACCCUGGACCCUGCUCAGCGGGAUCUCUUCUGGGACAUAAAGCGGGAGAACUCCCGGAACACCACCCUGGGUUUGGGGCUCAAAGGCCAAAAUGAGAAGUCCCGGCUGGAGGAGGUGGUGCCGGUGCUGCCGGGCCAGACAGGCAGCGACGUGACUGUAUCCUGGAGCCCGGAGGAGGCUGAGGCCUGGGAGAGUGAGAACCGGCCGAGGGCGGCCCUGGGCCCAGUGGUGGGUGCGCGACGGGGGCGGCCACCCACUCGCCGGCGCCAGUUCCGGGACCUGGCAGCCGAGAAGCCACACAGCUGCGGGCAGUGUGGAAAGCGCUUCCGCUGGGGCUCGGACCUGGCGCGGCACCAGCGUACGCACACGGGCGAGAAGCCGCACAAAUGCCCCGAGUGCGACAAGAGCUUCCGCAGCUCCUCGGACCUGGUGCGCCACCAAGGCGUGCACACGGGCGAGAAGCCCUUCUCCUGUUCCGAGUGCGGCAAGAGCUUCAGCCGCAGCGCCUACCUGGCUGACCACCAGCGCAUCCACACGGGGGAGAAGCCUUUCGGCUGCAGCGACUGCGGCAAGAGCUUCUCUCUGCGCUCCUACCUGCUGGACCAUCGGCGCGUGCACACCGGGGAGCGGCCCUUCGGCUGCGGAGAGUGCGACAAGAGCUUCAAGCAGCGCGCGCACCUCAUCGCGCAUCAGAGCCUGCACGCCAAGAUGGCCCAGCCCGUGGGGUGAGCAGCCAGCUUGGCCCGCAACUUGGGGGAGGCCCAGCCACGGCACAUCCUACUUCAUUCACCACUGGGACUCUCCUUCUAUUUGUGGCCACCUCUUGGGCUGUCCGAGGGACCCCAGGGUACCCCACACUCGGAGCUCGCCUGCCCUGCUCGGCUCUGAGGACUUGCCCAGCACUCAAAGGGAACGGAAGCCCCCCUCCCGUCCCCUGAUCUGGUCGUCUUUCCCCCUUCUGCGCCUAGCGUUUCUCUUCCCCUCUAGUUUCUGGAGCCCCAACACAUUCCUGACAGGGGCAGCAGGGUGGCGAGGACUCAGGUCUAGGUCCCUUCCCAGAAGCCCCCGAGCCUCAUUUGACUGUGUGGCUCUUUGGUCCCCACCCUCUGGGGUGGGUCCAUGAGUCAGGCCUCUGCCCUGCCAACCUGUGCCUUUCAGUGGGCAUGGAGGACUGGCCUUGGCCCCCAGGGGGUUGCUGGGCUUUGGAAGGGACAGUCAGCCUACACCACGGGUCUUAGGGCGCAGGGGCUUUCUGGCCCCCACCCACUCCCGUUUCCAGGCCAUGACCACUCUGCCCUGUCCUGGCCACACGGACUCGGCCUGCCUUUGCCCUUGGUCUACUUGCCCUAGCAUGAGGCUCUGAGAGCCACUUGCCCACCAGUCUGGUGAGGAUAAUGGUGGCUCCAGCGACAGGAGGCCAACCCUGGAGACCAAGAGCAGGGCGCCUGGCUGCCAUCUGCUCCUCCAGAGGUGUGGCUGCACCAUACUUAGCACUAGCAUUCUAUCAGCACUAGCAUCCCACUCCAUCGGUACUGGUACCCUGCUCCAUCCGCAUUAAUGCCCCGCUCCAUUGACACCGGUGCCCACUCCAUCGGCACUGGCGCCCCACUCCAUCCGCAUUAAUGCCCUGCUCCAUCGACCCUGGCGCCCGCUCCAUCCCCCGCUCCAUCGGCACUGGCGCCCCGCUCCAUCGGCACUAAUGCCCCACUCGGUGCCCCACUCCAUCAGCACUAAUGCCCCUCUCCAUCGGCACUGGCGCCCCACUCCAUUGUCACUAACGUCCAGCUCUAUUGGCACUAACACCUCGCUCCAUCGUCACUACGUCCAACUCCAUCGGCACUGGCGCCGUGCUCCUUCUGCACGGGUGCCGGGUUCCAUCGUCACUAACGUCCAGCUCCACCGGCACUGGCGCCCCACUUCAUAGGCACUUUGCUGCUGCCUCCUGAGCACUGCCUUCCAUGAACAGGGACAGACCAGAGGCCCUGCAAGGACUCAGCCCCGCGGGCCUCCAGAGGGCAACAGAAGAGUAUUAAUAAACGUGAAAACUU